ACCAGCCCACCCGUUUUUCGCGAAGCUCUGUCUAGCGCGCGCGACCUCAGGUUCUUCGUAAAAUAUCUUCCACGCUUUCGUCGAGCCCUGAGAGAAGCAGCAGAUAUCCUCCGUUGGGCCUGUCAAGAGACCAACGAAAACCCAGUGCAUAAUCGAUACUCGCUGGUAAGCAUAUCGUUUUUUGUCAAAUUUGUGUUUCGCUAGCUUCCCAUGGCGAAAGCUUCCUUGUCUUUUUAGCACCCCGUGUGAAUCAUUCACGCCGUACCUUUUCCUUUACCCCUCCAACUUCACAAGACAACCUUGUUUAACCACUUACCUUGAGCAUUCUUCCAUACCUGCCUCUAAAUACUUAUGAGUUUCGAAUAGUCCUUCUCUCGUCAGCCUGGAGUUCUUCUAUACGGCCAUCUUUCAAUUCAAUCGUGAAGAUGAGCGACAACGACACUAAGCCUGCUGAGGCCGCCAACCCUCCUGUCGCUCCUGUCCCCGAGGAAACGGCCAAGGACACUGAGUCUCCAGUGGAUGAAAAGCCCACAGACGCAUCAACAGAGGAGAAACCAACCGAGGCGCCAACAGGCGAGACAUCCACCGAUGCACCAGCGGACGAGAAGCCCUCGGACGAGCCUGCAACUGAAGGGGGCGAUUCUAAAGAAAGCGAGGUCCAGAGCACCCCUGCUGAUGAUGAUGACAAGCCAUCUAUCUUUCGACCACCACCUGGUAUGCUCCGGGUGUCUGGUCCUCACGCACAGAAGAAAUUUGUCAAGUCGGAUCCCACAUCCCUCGCGGAAACUGACGACCCUCGUGAAAUUCGCAGACAGGUUGAAUUUUACUUCGGCGACAGCAAUCUUCCUGAAGACAAGUUUCUGUGGGAAAAGGUUGGUGGUGAGGAGAAUAAACCCAUCCCACUCAGCUUAAUCUGCAGUUUCUCUCGCAUGCGUCGCUUCAAGCCGUACGAGGCUGUCGUCAAGGCUCUCAAGGCAAGCAACUUUUUCGUUAUUGAUGGUCCAGAGGGCGAGGAAACCAUCCGCAGGAAAAACGCGAUAGACACCGAGAAGCGCAACAAGCGAGAAGAGCGCAGUGUGUACGUCAAGGGCUUCGGCGACGAAACCUCAUCUACGCAAUUCGAUAUCGAAGCCUUCUUCGCACAAUAUGGACAGUUCGACUCGGUUCGCCUUCGACGAGCAGACGGCCCCGACAAGGUUUUCAAAGGCUCCGUCUUCGUGGAAUGGUCAGAUAGAGAAACUGCCGAGAAGUUCAUGGCGGCGCAACCUGAGCCUCAGUGGAAGGGACAUCCCUUGCACAUAAUGUGGAAACUUGACUACAUGAAGCAAAAAUCAGAGGCUAUCCGAGAGGGUAAGAUCAACGCCAGUGGCCGUAAAUAUGGACGUGGAUCCCACCGAGGCCAGCGGGGUAAUUUCCGAGGCAAUGAUCGGGGAGCGAACAAGGAUGACUGGAAGAAGCGCCGUGAACAAGACCAAAAAAACGGUUUUAGUGACCGUCGGGAUAACAAUAACCGUGGCCGUGGUCGUGGUCGUGGCCGGGGGAACUUCCGUGGGCAGGGUGGACGCGACAACAACGGUGCUCGCGACCAGGAGGCUCCGGCUAAACCAGUAGAUGAUGGUCGGCCAAAGAUCCACGUCAGCAAAGAGGGUGCGAAGAUCUUGGAAGCAGAACAGGCUAAGUCGGGAGAGACGAACGGCAAGCGAAGCAGAGACGACGAUACAACCACUGACGAGCCUCCUGCCAAAAAGGUCAAUACCAAGGAGGAUGCCACAGAAGCUACAUGAAGCGACUCGGUCCAGG